ACUACAAAAUGAAUCGCUUGUUUGGCCGUGGUAAAGAGAAGGUGCCACCACCAAAUAUCAAUGACUGCAUCAAGGGAGUUGAUGAACGCGCAGCCAACAUUGAGGAAAAAGUCAACAAGUUGGAAAAUGAACUGCGUAAAUAUCGUGAACAAAUGUCCAAGAUGCGUGAGGGACCGGCAAAGAAUUCGGUUAAACAAAAGGCAAUGCGUGUGCUGAAACAAAAGAAGGCUUAUGAACAACAAGUUGAAGCCUUGCGCAAUCAAUCAUUUAACAUGGAACAGGCAAAUUAUGCUGCCCAAUCGUUGAAGGAUACCCAGGCUACGGUGGUGGCCAUGAAGGCUGGUGUCAAACAAAUGCAAAAAGAAUUCAAGAAAAUCAAUAUUGAAGAAAUCGAGGAUAUACACGAUGAUAUGGCCGAUAUGUUGGAACAAGCCGAUGAUGUCCAAGAGGUUAUGGGUCGCACAUAUGGCAUGCCCGAGGUCGAUGACGAUGAAUUGGAAGCUGAAUUGGCCGCUUUGGGUGAUGAAAUUGCCCUCGAUGAUGAUACCAGCUAUUUGGAUGAUGUUGUAAAGGCACCCUCGGCUCCGGAUAGAGAACCGGGUGCUGAUAGUCUAGUUCCGGGUAGUAAGAGUGGCAUCGAAACCGAUGAAUUUGGUCUACCCAAGGUCCCAACAUCCGUAAAAACAUAA